AUGAAUAGAGAGUGGAUUCAUUCCAAAAACAAACUCAGCCAAGAAUACAAGGAUGGUAUUAAGUCUUUCAUUGAUGUUGCAAAACAUCAUUUGAAUGCAAAUAAUGAGACAUUAUGUCCUUGUGUUAAGUGUCAGAAUUAUGAACCACAUUCUCUUUCAGUUAUAAGAUACCAUUUGGCUAAGAAUGGGAUGGCAGUGACUUAUGAGAAAUGGACUGAACAUGGAGAAACAAAGACACCGCAAAUGGAUGUCGGUCAAGAGGAGCGUGGACCCAAUGAUGAUGUGUUUGAUAUUUUGAAUGAUGUAUUCCCACAAGAAAAUCAAACGGAUCAAGACUUAGAGGGGGAUGAUGAUUCAUUGGGAAGUAGUCAAGAACAUGCUGAGGUGGAUGAUGGGUCCAAUAUGCAUAGGGUAGAAGCUGAUAAGUAUGAAAAAUUGCUUGCUGAAGCUGAAAGAGAGUUCUUCCCUGGUUCUCAAUUUAGUGUUUUAACGGCUAUGGUAAAGCUGAUGCAUUGCAAAGUCCUCAAUCAUUGGACUAAUAAGUCUUUUGAUAUGUUGUUAGAGAUAUUAAGUCUGUGCUGUCCGAAGCCAAAUAACAUUCCACCAUCAUUCUAUGCUGCGAAUAAGAUGUUGAAAAGUUUGGGUUUAGGAUAUGAGAAAAUUGAUGCUUGUAAGCAUGAUUGUGUAUUAUUUUACAAGGAGCAUGAAGACAAAGAAAAAUGUCCGGUGUGUAAUGAGUCAAGAUAUAAGCCUACUGUUGAUUCAGAUAAUGGGAAAAAGAAAAAAAAGAUCCCCCAAAAAGUGCUACGCUAUUUUCCAUUAAAGCCCAGAUUACAGAGGUUGUUUUUGUCAAAACAUACGGCUAUUAAUAUGAGGUGGCACAGUGAUAAAAGGAAGGAUGUAGCUGGUACUCUGAGUCAUCCGGCGGAUUCUAUUGCAUGGAAGGAAUUUGAUAGAAUGUAUCCGAACUUUGCAGGAGAGUCACGAAAUGUCAGAUUAGGCCUUGCAACUGAUGGAUUUAAUCCAUUUGGAAACAUGAGUCUUUCUUAUAGUAUGUGGCCAGUAAUAGUGGUUCCAUAUAAUUUACCGCCUUGGAUGUGUAUGAAAAGCCAAUUCUCGAUGAUGACUUUGCUAAUUCCGGGGCCGAGUGCACCAGGUAAAGACAUUGAUGUCUUUUUGCGUCCCUUGAUUGAUGAACUGAAGGAGUUGUGGGAAAUUGGUGUUCAAACUUAUGAUAAAUCUACCGAUUCUAGUUUUAUCUUAAAAGCUGCUGUGCUGUGGACCAUUAAUGACUUUCCAGCUUAUGCCAAUUUAUCUGGUUGGAGCACUAAGGGUUUUCUGGCAUGUCCUGUGUGUAAUAAAGAUACCAGAUCUCAGCCUCUAAGGAGUAAAAUUUGUUACAUGGCGCAUCGUUCCUGGUUGAGAAAAAAUCAUCCAUGGCGCAAACUUCCAGAAUUAUUCAAUAAUGAAGUUGAGACAAGAAGACCUCCAAAAGAGUUGUCUGGUGAUGACGUAUUACUUCAGCUUACUCAGCUUCGACCUUGUAGGCCGGGUAAACACAAAGAUAACCCUGAUAAGAAUAGGAAGCGAUUAGCAGUUGAACUGAAUUGGACAAAGAAGAUUGUUGGAACGUUGUUGGGCUUAGAUAAAUCCAAAGAUACAAUUAAAGCUCGAUUAGAUUUGCAAGACAUGGGAAUACGUGAGAGCUUGCAUCUAGAAAAGCACGGUGAAAAGUUCAAGAAGCGCCUUGCCUACUAUACUAUAACUCCACCACAACGACUACAAUUCUGUGAAUGGAUGAGCACUACAACAUUUCCUGAUGGGUAUGUAUCCAAUAUAUCUCGAAAUGUUAAAGAUGAGAAAAUCACAGGUUUAAAGACUCAUGAUUGCCAUGUGUUGCUACAACGACUACUUCCAGUUGGAAUUCUGCCAUUCUUGAGCAAAGAUGUUUGUGAUCCUAUAGUUGAAUUAGCAAGUUUCUUUGAACAGAUUUGUGCAAAAACAUUAAAGGUAGCAGACUUAGACCGAUUGCAGCGUGACAUUGUGGUUAUUUUAUGCAAGCUUGAGCAGAUAUUCCCGCCUGCAUUCUUCGACAUUAUGAUCCACUUAGCUGUGCAUUUGCCACAAGAAGCCAAAAUUGCAGGACCAGUUGGAUAUAGAUGGAUGUUUCCAAUAGAAAGUCAACAUUAUGAAAUUUUGAAAAGAGAGAGUCCAGUCAAGCUAGAAGAGAGACAAAGAGAUCAGUUUCCUUCAUGGUUCAAGACUCAUAUUACAGAAUUAUAUAACCUGGGUUCAAGUGAUGUGACCAAAGAAUUAUAUGCAUUAGCAUUUGGUCCAGAGGAUAGUGUUGGUACCUACACGAUUUGUAAUGCAAAUGGUGUUCGAUGGCAUGUCAAACAGCUCGAGCAAACCAGAACAAUGCAGAAUAGUGGGAUCAUGGUUCCAGGAUCACAUAAUAACAGUGAAAGUGACUUUUACGGGCAGUUGGUUAGCAUCGUCAAAUUAGACUUUCCGUACGGCUAUUCAGUUUUUCUAUUCAAAGAUCCGUAUAUACUUGCAAAGCAAGCACAACAAGUGUUUUACCUUGAUGAUCUGAAGUUAGGUGCUGGUUGGAAAGUCAUUCAAAAGAUUCGACACAGACAUAUAUGGGAUGUGCUUGAGAAUGAAGAAUCUCAUGAUACCGAAACAAGUUAUGUUGAUGGAGUAGACCAAGAAGAAGAGGCUAGCAAUAUCACUCAUCCCAUUGAAGAGAAUGUUAAUUCAAUGCCAACACUUUGUAGAAGAGAUGUCGAACCUGAAAUUGUUGGUUUGAGUAGCAAAGAUAUUGAACAAAGCAACAUAAGUGAUGAUGAUUUUAUCGAUGAUAAUCCCCUACAAGAGGAAUUACUAUCAGGAGAUGAAGAUAACACUCGAGAAAGUGAUGGAUACAGUGACUUGGAUUAA